AUGUCAUUACGGAGACGGGCAGCCGGCGGAGGCGGCGGCAGCGGAGGUGGCGGGGAACCUUCGCUCCUAGAGAGGUUCAAGGGUUUUGACGCUUAUGCGAAGCCUAUCGAAGACUUUCGCAUAAAAACUACUUCGGGCGCGAUAGUGACUUUGGCCUCAGCGGCUGUCAUUGCCCUCCUGUUGCUGUCCGAAUUCAUAGACUGGAGGACUGUCACUAUGCAGCCAAGUCUGGAGGUCGAUAAAGCUAGGAAUGAAAAGAUGACAAUUAAUCUGAAUGUCUCUCUGCCUCAUGUGCCUUGCUAUCUUUUGAGCAUCGACGUGAUGGAUGUCGCAGGCGAGCACCAGAACGACGUGGAUUCGACCAUCUACAAAAUGCGGUUGGACCCGACCGGGCGGCCAAUAGAAGGCAGCCGAUCCGACAUUGGGGACAGCACGAAAGCCGUCUCGAAAGCCGCCGAGAAGGCCAAAGAUCCCGAUUACUGUGGGAGCUGUUACGGGGCCAAAUCCCCGGGUGGGAAGAAAUCUGCAAAGGGGGAGGAAUGCUGCAAUACGUGUGAUGAGGUGCAGAAGGCGUAUGCGAACGAGGGGUGGGGGAUGAAGACCGAGACGUGGGAGCAGUGCAUAAGAGAACAUUGGGCCGAAAAAGUCGCCAACCAAUCGCACGAAGGCUGCAACCUCUGGGGCCGUCUCCAAGUCAACAAAGUCGCCGGCAAUUUCCACCUCGCCCCCGGCAAGUCCAUGUCGCGGCAGAACAUGCACGUGCACGACCUCGCGCCGUACCUGAAGGAGAAGGAUCUGGAUUUCAGUCAUACGCUGCAUUCGCUGAGCUUUGGGAAGAAAGUGGAGUUUGUGAAUCCGUUGGAUGGGGUUUCGAAGAGUACUAAGCAAUCCUACUUUAUGUUCCAAUACUUUCUAAAAGUAGUCAGCACACGCUUCACCUUCCUAAACGGCACAAAUGUCCGCACCAACCAAUUCUCCGUCACCGAACACGAACGUGACACGACCCCGAGCGCACAUACCGGCGGCCUCCCCGGAGUCUUUUUCAACUACGACAUUUCACCCAUGUUGGUGAUGUACACAGAAUACCAAAAACCCCUCUCGCACUUCCUCACGGACAUCUGCGCCGUUGUUGGGGGCGUGUUUACGGUAGCGGGGAUUGUGGACUCGUUUAUUUUCACGGCGGGGAAGCAGUUGAGGCAGAAGAUGGAGUUGGGGAAGAGUACGUAG